UCGCGUGGUUGAAUGUGCGGUUCACUUUAAGCGGAAAACAAUAAACGUGUUGUAAUUUACGAUAGGGGGCGGUAGCGCGCUGUAACUCAGUAUUACCCAGCAGGAGAAGAAAACAAUGCUAAACAAAAAAAAUAUAUAUAAAAUGAGCUCGGAGGAUGGAGUCUUUUAAAUGGACCGAUGCCAACACGACAGAUCUGAUCGUAUGGAGAGUCAGUAACGACAGCCUGUUUACAGGCAGGAGAAAUGCAGCCAUCAAAGCCUUUGAGCUGUACGUCAAAGAGAAACAGCUGGCGGGGAAAGUGACGCCUGCGUGGGUCCGAAAGAAGUGGGAGAACCUGAAACAGAAGUAUAAGGACCUCAAAAGCCUCAGCAUGGUCGGGGGAGACGCGUCAGUUGCAACCUGGAAGUGGUUUGCGAUCAUGGAUGGAGCACUGAGUGGCGAGACCCCUCUCAACCGUUUCAUCACGCCCGUCCAAGUGUCCUCAUCUGCUCAGGACGCUCCUCCCAUCAAGCAGAGAAAGGAUGAGGACUGGUCGACAGCCCUGUGGGAGAUGGAAAGGAGACAGGAGGAACGAGAGAGGCAAGCUUCAGAGAGAGAGGACGAGAGAGACAGACGAGCUGCAGCAAGAGAAGAAGAGCGAGACAGACGGGCUGCGGAGAGAGAAGAAGUGAGAGAGAGACAGGCGCUGGAGAGGGAAAGAGAACUCUUUGCCAGACAGGAACGUUGGGAGAAGGAGAUGAUGGCUAGAGAAGAAAGGCAGGAAAGGGACUACAGAGAAAGAGAGGAGAGGAGAGAAAGAGAAGCUGCCGCUAGAGAAGAAAGGCUUUUUAAGCUUCUUGAGUCAUUUAUGGCCAAUAAGUAAAACUGUGACCGAUACAUUCCAAGAAUUGCUUAUUUUCUACAAAUAAACUCUUUUGCAUUGCCA